AGCUUUAUGGAUACCUCAGAGCCGGAGAGUGGUCAGUUAUUCACUGUUUAGUGUUUUAGAGUGGGACGUCGCAAUUAAAGACAAAAAUCCUGAUCCAAAACAAAUACCCGAGCAAAAGGGUUGAGAUGUUCACAUAUAAUUUUGCUAUAAUAAUAUGUCGGCUUGGUAUUGGGGAGUGAUUGCCUUAAAAGUGGUUUUUGCAUUCACUUGUUUUGUUUCUUCACUACGUGCUGAUGAUACGGUGCAAAAAUUGCCUUUCUGUAAUCCCACAACCUCGAAAGACGCACCUAAUUUCAACGACUUGCUGAUUGUUAGCACUUUAGAUGGAAAGAUCUCAGCUUUUGCCACCGAAAAUGGUAUUAAGGCCUGGGAUUUGGAGACUCAGCCAUUACUGUCUUCUAAUUUACAUAAUGUUGAGCUAACAUCGGAUGGAAAAUGGGUGCGUCUAGUGCCGUCCCUCCGUGGCACUUUGUACAGUCUGAGCGGAGAUUCGAUUGAGCCCUUGCCAUUUAGUGCGGAACAAUUAUUGUCUUCAUCAUUUAAAUAUUCUGAUGAUAUGGUCAUUGCUGGUGCUCGAGAGACAUUAUGGCUUGGCGUCGAAGCUCAAUCAGGAAGUGUCAUAUAUGAGUGCAGUUCGAGCGGAUGUAAUUCUGAACAACAGACGGCUGGAGCCGGCCGUGAUAUGAUAGUGUUGAGGAGAUACUCCACCACAGUGAGAGCUUUGGAUCCUCGGUCUGGCAGUGAGAAAUGGAACUUCAGUGUGGCUGAACACCAGUUGACUCUGAGUCGUAGGGAAUGUGCUGAUAAUAGUAAAGCUCGUGUGGUCGCUGUAGCGGUUGCUCUGCCGGAUGGUGAGGUUGUUGUCAAGGAUCCGGAAACCAAAAUGGCCAUUUGGCAACACAAGUUAGAGGCUCCCGUAGUGAACAUGUGGCGUCUUCAGGGAGGUUUAUUGGAAAACUUGGAUGUUUUUUUGGAAGCUUCCCAGGCUCUCGUUGAAGUCAACGCGCCCGCAUAUCCGUCAUUGUAUUUGGGAAUCCAUAACACACAACUCUACAUUCAAGAGAGCGCCAUCUAUGCGCGGAAGUUGGAAACAGCUGUAGUGACGAAGCCGACACCUUGGAAGUUGAAGAAAUCCAGACCGUUGUUAACAGAUGGCAGCACAGCUUUAACAGCUGUAGACGACGAUAACUCGCUAUCGGUGGUGAGCAUACCGGGGAAUAUUGGGAAUACAGAAAACAACGGCUACUUCCUCUACCUCCAAGACACGUGUGACAAGUCCUUGCAAGUUGACGAGGAGAUGAUGCCGGACAUUGUAGCUCCCAACAGCAGCGGUGAUACAAUGCACCACCAUGUACACGUCCACGUAUAUUCCUUGUGGUUCUGGUGGAAGGAGGUACUGGUGAUAGCUGUUAGUUCAGCAUUAUUGCUGAACCUGUUAAUAUGGCCGAGAUUUUUCCCGCCAAAACAGUUAGCCCCCGCACCAAGAGAGAAGAGAGAGUUCGUUGUCGUCAGACACACGCAUUUUGAGCAGAAACCGACCACUGAAUAUUCGGGACGAUACGAAAACGACUUCACCACAUUGAAGUAUCUUGGUAAAGGUGGCUUCGGGGUCGUGUUUGAAGCUAGGAAUAAGAUAGACCAUUGUUCGUAUGCUGUUAAGAGGAUCACGCUGCCGAGACGUGAAUCUCAGCGUGAGCGUGUACUCCGUGAGGUCCGGGCCCUCGCUAAACUGGAACACGAGCAUAUUGUGAGGUAUUUCAACGCUUGGGUCGAGGAACCUCCUCCGCACUGGCAGGAGAUGAGGGAUAAGCAGCUUAUGCACGACCUGGGAGGUGUGUCAUUAGCGAUGUCCGACGACUACACGUCCCCCACCUCGCCGCCCGCGCCGCACAUGCUGUCCAAACCGUCCAAGGGCGACGUCAUGCUGAACCUUCAAAAGUCCAUCGACGAUAUGGACUACGGAAAAAAGUUGCCGGAACCAAGGAGGCUGAGAUCGCAAAGCUGCAACGAUUCCUUCACCGUUGAAUUCGAUGAUGGAGCUUCGAAGCCGCAUUUGACAUCGGAAAGUUCUAGAAGGGUUGACGUCACAAGUACAAUCUCCAAGCACGCGGCCGGUGACAACGACGACUCUUUCAUAGUGUUCGCUAAUAGCAACGCGGAACGUUCUGGAUUGUCCGAAGCUAGACCGGAUGUGUCCAAUAGGAUAUUGGAGAAAAUCAAGGAGACUGAAGGAUAUAGAACUAGCAGCUUAGUUAGCCGUUCUAGGAAAAAGAAAGGACACACACGUCAUUGGUCCCUAGACAUGGUGGUCAACAGCGAACAUAGCAAAAUGUACCUCUACAUACAGAUGCAACUCUGCAAACGGGACAGUCUUCACGACUGGCUGAGGAAUAACAGCACUUGGGACUCCAGGAGGGACAUGGUGAAGCCGCUCUUUAGUCAGAUAGUGUCAGCGGUGGAGUAUGUACACCGAGCUGGUCUCAUCCACAGAGACCUUAAACCCAGGAACAUAUUCUUCGCUCUGGAUGGAAAGGUCAAGGUCGGGGAUUUUGGUCUCGUGACCACAAUGACCGAUAACACCACAGACACACCAACCGAAUUGAAUGCAAACGCCCUGCACACACAUAAAGUUGGCACCCAUCUUUAUAUGUCUCCGGAACAACUCCAAGGCAGAUCAUACAGCUACAAGGUGGAUAUAUUCUCACUGGGGCUGGUGUUGUUCGAAAUGCUACAUCCGUUUGGAACUGAUACGGAGAGAAUCAAAUGUCUGAUGAAUGCGAGAUGCGGCAAAUAUCCGCAGGAUUUCGUCACCGACUACCCCAAUGAGACGGAAGUGCUGAAGCUGAUGCUGAGUGAAGAUCCUAACCAGCGUCCGACAGCAAGAGGAGUGCGAGCUCGAGCUCCGUUAUACCACUGUGCAGACGAACAUGUGACACAGAAAACACACUACAGUGUCAACCUUCCAUAGUUUUAGUAUGAGACUAUUUAUGACCACAGUAUAUACGAACCAGUGCUAAGUUUAAGUGUUACUCGUGCACUCAAUGUGAACAUAAUUAUUCCCAGUGAACUUGUGAAUUGUGAAAAACAAAGAAGAUAAUGUGGCUUAAAAAGACAUGAUGCAUCAGGAUGAAUGUUAAAUAAUUUAGUUCCUUGUGCUAAGUGGAUUAAGACAUAAUUUUGCAUACCAAUGAUAAAGAUGCUUCAUAAUACAUUGUCUCGUAUAAAAUUUUUAAUAGAUUAACUCAAACGAUAGACAUCACAUCGUUAUAUUACAAGUAUUUUUGCAAUGCUCGCUGUGCUAUGUAACAUUGAUUUUGUAUUUGUAUGGCUUAAUAGUGCUAUAUAUAUUUUUACAUCACAUUAGGAAGUAAAUUAACACGUUAAAUCUUUACUUGUUCUGUUUUGUGGACUUUUUUUUUUAAUUAUAAUAUCAUUAAUUUUGACAAAGAGUAUAGACUCGGAGGACGGUUAAGUUAUAUUUUAAGUAAUUAUCCAAUUAAAAUGAAUGAAACAAAUAAUAGGAAAUGUUUAUUGGUACUAAACAUAUUCAAUAAUAAACAUCAACAUAUAUAUAUAUAUAUAUACAGGAUGUUUAUGUAUUCUGAAAAUAAUAAACUGGGCUCUUGAAAAAAAAUGUCUCUUUCUGUAGCAGGAAUUAUUUUAUAUCUUUUUCAUAGUAAUAGUUUAAAGUCAUUGAUUCAGGAUAACUUGUUGAAUUGUGAUUUCAAUCAUUUUUAGUCUUAAUUAAUAUAAUAUAAGCCAAACGAGAACGUUAAACAAAUUAUAACCAAAAUUUUUGUUAAAAUGUGCCUUUUGUUAUUUCCAUAUUCCUUAAGCACUCGAGGAAUAUUACUGUCUAGACAUAAUGUGUUAUAAAUAAGGUAGUUAUAAAAGCCAUAAAAAAGAGGUUUUUAAGUUUGCUCUAUUUGAUGGAACCAAGCAAUACUGUUGUAUUAAUGGAAUAAAGACUGUGGUGUUGGUGUUUAGAGAAUAUUCAUGUAUUUUUAUAUAAUGCUAUCAAAAAUCUAGUUAGUACUUAUAUAUAUAUAUAUAUAUAUAAUAUUUGUAUGUCAUUUAUGAUUCUUUAAUUUAAUGUUUAUUUGAAUAGAAUAUACGAGUCAGUCAUUUUUGAAGGUUUAUUUUAAACAGUCAUAUUUUUUUAAGUUUGGUUUGUAAUGGAUACUGUUAAGAUCUUUUUGAAUAUACAUUUGAUGGAUGAAA